AUAAAACCUGAGCAGCUAAUACCAAACGCAGUCAAAGUUUCAGCAUCAGAACGCAACUAUUGACGAAAGAGGGGUUUUAGGAAAUCAUCUCCAUGUCUCAACUCUGAUCAAUUCAGAUCCCAGUAGGAACGAGGAGGCAUUCGUUUUUCUAUGAUGAACAAGCUCAAGGGUCUCAUUUCUACUCCACGUCUGCCAUCAUCAGCAGGCAAUUUCAAUUGCGGUACCUUACUCCACAACGGUAUGGGAAGGGACAGUCCAGAAUGUGUCUUUUGUGAAUCAACACACCCAGGGAAAUUUCAAGUAAAAGACAAGGACUUGGGGUCGGAAGACAAUAUGAGUAGACUCUUUAAGGUGUUUAAUGAGAAAGUAAAGAGUGGCCGCAGCGCUAUUAUGUCGUCCGACAUGACAUUUAAAGAGGCUAUACGUACGUGCACAGCAUACGAACCCUGUAGCCACGAUUUCCCUGGGAAAAUGAGGUAUCAGCGCAAUGGAGAACCAACGCCUUGGGAGAGAGUAUCAAAGAAGAUAAUGGAGCGUGGAGGCUUGGGGUGCGAGGAUGCAGCUAAGUCGUGUACAUGUUACGGGAGAAGCAAUGAGAGGUGUGGAUAUCAAAGGAUGCGGCGGAGUGGGGAAGCAACGCCUUGGGAGAGACUAUCAAAGAAGAUAAUGGGGCGUGGAGGCUCGGGGAGCAAUGAUGCAUCUCAGUUGGUGGGCAAUAAGGCUUGGUGUACAUGUUACGCGAGAAGUAUUGAGAGGAACUACUGCGGCAUAUUUAGGUGAAAUUCAUUAGUACUAUUAGAAUUUAAUAUUAAUGGUAAACUUUAAAAUGUGUUAUUAAGGAUUGUUUUAAAUGGGCGGAACUUAGUUACAAAAGACAUUGAUGUCUGGUGAGCUUAAAGCUUUUGGUGCUUCAGAACAAUUCUCCGGGCAGAGAUGUAAAUUGUAAUGAAUGACUUUAUUCAGUUAAAAUAUUGAUAUACCCUCUGAGCAGGCUUUGAA